AUGGCUGGUGCACAAGAAAAAUGGUAUUUUUCAAAAGAACAACUACAGAAUUCAGCAAGCAGAAAAUGCGGCUUAGAUGGAGAUAAGGAGCUUGCAUAUCGGCAGCAGGCCGCCAAUCUCAUCCAGGAUAUGGGCCAGAGGCUGCAAGUAUCUCAACUAUGUAUAAAUACAGCGAUAGUGUAUAUGCAUCGGUUCUAUGCAUUUCAUUCAUUCACACAGUUUCACAGGAAUGCUAUAGCCGCUGCUGCGCUAUUCCUUGCAGCAAAGGUGGAAGAGCAGCCAAGGAAGUUAGAAUAUGUAAUAAAAGUAGCACAUGUCUGCCUCCACAGGGGUGAGGGUGUUAAUACCCUCACCAGCUCAGAGCAGUAUCAGGAACAGGCCCAAGACUUAGUAUUUAACGAGAAUGUCCUAUUACAAACACUGGGUUUCGAUGUCGCAAUCGACCACCCACACACUCACGUCGUACGGACAUGUCACCUUGUCAAAGCUCCGAAGGAUUUGGCCCAAACAUCAUAUUUCAUGGCAUCGAACAGUCUCCACCUGACUACAAUGUGCUUGCAGUACAAGCCCACGGUGGUCGCAUGCUUUUGUAUACAUCUGGCCUCUAAGUGGAGCAAUUGGCAGAUUCCGCAGUCACAUGAGGGCAGGCAUUGGUUCUCCUAUGUGGAUAAAACUGUAACAGCUGAUCUUCUAGAGCGGCUCACGUCUGAAUUCCUUCACAUAUUCGACAAGUGUCCUUCUAGACUGAAAAAGAAGAUGAUGACCAUGUCCAAUGCCAGCGGAAGUUCACCAAACCCACCUCACCCCAACGUGGCGUCUCCAUUUGAUAGGAAAAAGGAACACAUGCUCGGGACUGCGACUGAUGAAAUCGACAAAUGCUUUGAUAAAGAGUAUGAACGCGAAAGGCGCCGCCAACAAGUCCCCGGAGGCUACGUGCCGGCGACGUCACAGCCGCAACCACAGAAGAUAGAUUUCAAUUUGUACAGAGAGAAGAAAGAGAGGGAGGAGAGAGAGAGACGCCAGCAGGCCAUACGUGCUGGCCCAAGGCCCACCAACCAGCCCCCACAGAGUCACAGACCCCCUAGCAAACCUCACAUGUGGCCUCACAAACCACUACACCACAAACCUCCCCACGACAAACCUCCCCACGACAAACUUCUCCACGACAAACUUCUCCACGACAAACCUCUCCACGACAAACCUCUCCACGACAAACUUCUCCACGAUAAACCUCUCCACGAGAGGCAUCGACCCUCCAAUCCACCGAACCUCCUCAAUCUCCCGCCUAAUCUUCCAAUACCCAAUCCUCCACUAUCCGAAAUUCCACAAAGAACGCGCCCCCCGUCGCUGUUCUCCCCGGAGAAUGUCACACCACCGGCCACGGCCGCCCAGCCCAAACGACCACCUCAUGUGGUCCCGAAACUCAACCGUCCCCCCGAGAAACCCCCGAGUCCCAAAAAGCGCCCAGACACGGCGUUCGCCAUACGGGAGAUGCAGCCCCCCGCCAUCCUCUCCCCUAUAUCCCCCAAAAAAACCGAGCCAGAACUAGUACCUGUAGUUAAGAAAUUAGAAGAAAGAAAAAAACCGGAAAAAGAAAAACUGGAAGUCCGGAACGGCAUCGAGACCGACCCGACGCUGGUCUCCAACCUUCUGAAGGAGAGCCUCGCCAAGCCGGUGCCGAUCACCGUCCCGACGGAGACACUCGAGAAGGAGAAACACAAGAAGGAGAAGAAGAAGAAGGAGAAACACAAAAGUGGCAAGAAGCACAAGAAGGAGCGUAAGAAGAGCCCGCAGAAGAGCCCCGAGCAGGGGUUGAGGAUUACGAUCCCGCGGUCAUCGUCCCCCGGGCUCAAGAUCAAGAUCCCCAAAGAGAGAAUUACCAUCCCCCCGCCGGGAUUGAAGAUCAAAAUCUCCAAGGACGUCCUGGAGAACUCCAGGAAGAGACCGAAUAUGGAGGGAGGUCCACCGCCGAAGAUCCCCAAGGACUUUAAGGUAGGCAAUUAUUUUCAGCCCCUGCCCUACUACAUGGUUCAGCCCCCGCCUCUCUACUACGGCAUGGAGUUCUUCUAUAAUCCAAUAUAUCAAAAUCCACCGCUGCCUGCGAUGCCGCCGCCGCCCGUGCCGCCGCCGCCGCCGGAGCCCUGA